UCUUAUUAAACCCAAACAUUUUGAUGCCAUUUGGUUUGCUUAACACAACUUUACAUAGAAGAUGGAACAAAUGAAAUCCGAAUUUCUAGGUAAUUAUUCACAUAUUGUUAUACAUGCUCACUCACGUCUAUGCAAUAUUAUUAUCACUAAAUUGUGAAUUUGAAAACACGACCAAGAUGAUCAACAAAAAAUACCUCAAGAGCUUAACAAACAUAUUAUUUGAAAAUUUGAAUCUCCUCGAUUAUAACCGUGACAAACAAGAACAACAACUGAAGACAAAAGUGGGGAGUAAAUUAUGCGAAAAAGUCAAAAACUUUUGCCUCUUUGGGCCGUGAUUUCUGAUUUAUCAACGAAGAGAACAAAGUACAGCAUAACGAUAGCUGUCAGCUAAAUGAACGGCCGUGAUGAAAUACAACUGCGGCGGGUCGCUUCAUUUUUUUGCGGGAAAAUGUUCCAGCUUUCUCUCGCUUCGAAGUGCAUCAGUAAAAACCCCAUUCCCUGAAACCCUAAUUUUUAGAGGAAAUCGCACAAUGCCAAGUCCAUCUCUUGCUACGAAUUGAACCUUCACCCAGCAAACCACGUUUCGUUUUGUUAGAUGUUUGCGGUCUCGAGAAUGAAGGCUUUGUUUCCCCUUCAAAUUUCCCUCCCCGUGGCGCCGGCUUUCCCCAACGCUGCCGCCUUCUUCUCCGCAGCUCCCAAGUCGACCCUUUUCUUCAAUUUUCCCGCAGUUAUUCAGUUCCCUGCUUCUCCAUCUCUCAGACCCAUCAUGGGUUCAUCUGGGCCGGCGUAUUCUCGCGUUCAAAAUCGGAACUUUCGGCUGGCGGGAGCUGCGGGUGAUUCGACGGCGUCCUACCCCUCAGGCGAAAUCCACGUCAUCGUGGGUCCGAUGUUUGCCGGCAAGACCACCAGUCUCCUCCGACGAAUUCAGUCCGAGAGCGAAAAUGGCAGGUACGAUCCCCUGCUCCAUUCCGCCUAACCUUUUUCUGCUUCUUUUCAUUUCCCAUUGGUCUGUUUUGAUUGUUAUAUGUGGUUUGUGGAAUUUGGUGCAUUUUCAAGCGACUAUGUGGUUCGAUUGAUACGGGUUAGGUUCCGAGCAAUUUGUGUAUAUUUCAACUGUUUUGGAACCCAAUUAUAAAUAGCAGAAGUUCCCAGCUUUCAGGUUAGAAAUCUGCUCCAGUUGGAUAGAACUUUACAGGGACUUUGUUUCUCCGGGAGAUUGAAUGAAGCUGUGAGCCUCUUGUGGAGUACUGAAUCAGCCGUGGGUGAUCAAACCUAUUCGCUUAUGUUGCAAGAAUGUAUUCUCACGAGUAGGUAUAAGAUCGGGAGAAGAAUCCAUUCACAAAUGAUCAUUGUUGGCUAUCUUCCCACUGAAUAUCUCAAGACCAAGCUCUUGAUCCUCUAUGCAAAAUCCGGCGACUUAAGAACCUCACUCAAGUUCUUCGACUCCUUAAUUGAUAAAACUCUGAUCUCCUGGAAUGCCAUGAUCUCGGGAUGUGUACAGAACGGGUUCGAACAAGAGGGACUCAGUCUUUAUUCCGACAUGAGACGAAACGGCUUGACACCUGACCAAUACACGUUUUCUUCCCUGUUUAGAGCGUGUGGAACUCUUGCUUUGUUGGAGCUCGGGAAGCAAGCUCACAGCAUCCUGAUUAAGUGCAAGGUUAAAGAUAACGUGGUUGUCAGUAGUGCCCUUAUCGAUAUGUACUUCAAGUGCAGCGACCUAGCUGAUGGACAGAAGGUGUUCAAUGAAACUUCGAAUAGGAAUGUGGUGACCUGGACUUCUCUGAUCUCGGGGUAUGGCCAGCAUGGAAGAGUCGAAGAAGUUUUGGAAUUGUUUAGGAUGAUGAAGGAAGAAGGGUUUCAGCCAAAUUAUAUCACUUUCCUUGCUGUGUUAUCUGCUUGCAGUCAUGGAGGAUUGAUUGAUCAAGGCUGGGAUUACUUCUCAUCGAUGAAAGAUUAUGGGAUUGAGCCGAGAGGGAAGCACUAUGCUGCCAUGGUUGAUCUCUUGGGCCGGGCUGGCAAACUCCAAGAAGCUUAUGAUUUUGUUCUGAGCUCUCCACUUAAGGACCAUUCAGCUACUUGGGGUGCUUUGCUUGGUGCUUGUAGGAUUCAUGGAGAUAUGGAUUUUGCAUCGAUUGCAGCUAGAAAGUUCUUUGAGUUAGAACCGGGGAAUGCUGAUAAAUACGUGGUAUUGUCGAAUGCAUAUGCGAACCGUGGGUUCUGGGACCGUGUGAAAGAGAUAAGGGGGGUAAUGAAAGAGCUUGAUAUUAUGAAAGAGCCUGCUUAUAGCUGGAUUGAGAUUCAUGGGGAGGUCCAUUUGUUCUUAACUCGGGAUAAGUCCCAUAGAAAGUCAGAGGAGAUAGAGAGCUUGGUUCUCGAGAUGACGAGCGUUUUAAAGGAUGCUGUCUGUGAUUUGGAGAUCGACGAGCAUUAGAUCAUGAUAAAUUUGGAAGUUGAGU